AUGAGGGUAGUCUUAGUCUUAGGGCUUUUAGUAAUUAUUGUUGUAGUCCAUGCGCGUCGCUUACCCGAACAGAAAAAUGAGCGUCAGAAGGUAGAGUCCGAAGUAGCUGACCAAGAUAUUGCUGCUACUGGACAUAAAAAAGAAGCACCUCAGAACCAUGAGUUUAAAAAAGGUGGGGGAAAAGAACAUCACGCACAUCAUCAUAAUGAUCACGGCGAGAAGGGCCAUAAAGGCUACAAAGGUCAUCAUCAUCACGAAGAGGGAAAGAAAGGGCAUCAUGACAAGGAACACCAUAAAGGCGAAUAUGAUGAUCAUGGUGGUCAUGAGAAAAAACAUCAUCACGAGGAUGGGCACUAUGACGAACAUCACAAAGGUGAGAAAGGCGAGAAGGGUCACAAAUAUGAAGAAAAAGGGCAUUAUAACAAAGGCCACUCGACAAAGGGUCACCAUGAAGUGCACAAAUUAGACGAGUUCAAAAAAGACAAACAUUUCUUCGAUGAAGAGGGAGAUUCUGGUCACGAGGAGAAACACGGUGGAUAUCACGACGAGCAUGGACAUAAGAAAGGAGGUCACUUUAAGAAAGGUCACCAUCAUGGAGGGCACCAUGAACAUGAACAUGGAGAAAAAGGUCAUCACGAGAAGGGAGGGCAUCACGCUCAGCAUAAAGGACAUAAGGAAGCUGCUGGCCACGACGAGCAUCAUCACCAUCAUCACGAUCAUGCUAAGAAAGGUGGUCAUGAACAUCACAAGAAAUGGGGUUACUCAAAAGGCCAC